AUGGAUUCUUUCUUGUCAAAGGACUCUUUCAGGAUUCCUCCAUAUCCUAUAUCGGAUGUGUCGGUCUCCACUAUUAAACUAGCCUUCGGGUUUAUCAGAGAUGAACACGGAAUUGAUUUGACAAGGGCUUUGAUUUUUUGGACUAUUUUGGAGCUAUGGGACUUGGUGGAGCACGGGUUCGUUGAUGUAUUAGAAUCCACAAUAGAAGAAAAGAAGAGACUACGAGAAACCAAGAAAAAUGAUGUCAAUGCUCUGUUCAUUAUUCAAGCAAUUCAUGAGACUAUUUUUUCACGAAUUGCAGCAGCAACCACAUCAAAGCAAGCAUGGUCAAUUCUACAGAAGGAGUUUCAGGGAGAUUCAAAAGUCAUAACAGUGGAAUUGCAAUCUCUAAGACGUGAUUUUGAAACUCUGCUCAUGACGAAUGGCAAAUCAAUUGCUGAAUUUUUGUCAAGAGCAAUGACAAUAGUCAAUCAGAUGCGUACCUAUGGAGAGAAAAUUUCAAAGGAAACAAUUGUUGCAAAGGUGUUGAGAAGUUUAACUCCAAAGUUUGACCAUGUGGUGGCUGCCAUAGAAGAAGCUAAGGAUCUAUCAAUACUCUCCGUUGAUGACCUGAUGGGCUCGCUUCAGGCUCAUGAAGCAAGAAUCAAUAGAUCAUUAGAAAGAAAUGAAGAAAAGGCACUACAAGUGAAGGAGAUAGGCAACAAUGAAGGCAACGAAAAAAAAAAUAUUCCUUUAGUAGGAAGAAGUCGUGGAAGUGGAGGAUUUCGCAGCUUCUAUGGUGGUUGCGGUAGCAUGGGUAGAUGGAGAAAUGAUUGA